CAAAAACAAUUUAUUUAUUUAUUUAUCAAUUAUGACUCCGUACUUUCUUUUGUACUAUCAUCAUGACAUACUCUCUUCGCAGACGCGAGGUCAUCAACACUCCUGUCGAUAAUCAUGCUCAUCGGGGUGGCAGAGGCACCCAAGGCAACCGAAGAGGACGCCCAAGAAGAACCAUGCCAGAUUUACACAAUACCCUGGCUGAAGUGGCAAUUUCAUCCCAACCUUUGUCGUCUAUUGAAGAAAUGGAAGAACAAUUUAUUGACUACGACAGAAUACUCUUCAGCAGUAGCCCAUUAACCAGUCAAUCCGAUAUUGGUAUAGAAGAUGACCAGAGUGUUGUCAGUCACAAUGAACAAUCUCAUGGAGAGAAUAAUACGGAGUACCAUGGGGACCCGACUUAUCAAGAUCAAAAUGAAAACAUCCAAGAAAUGGAGGUCGAAGGUGAUCUAGGAACUGCCAAACAGGUGGAUGGUUCGGAGGAAAAUCAAUCAACUCCCAGCGGUUCUUUUGCCAGUCAGACUAUCCGUUCUGAAAAUGGAGAUGGCAACGAUGCAAUUCCAUUGUGGCUGCAGGAAAGGAUUGAGCGGAUCGUGCAAAGAAGAGUUGAGCAUAUUCACCAUAUAAUAGAGCCAACAGUUUUGCCUUUGACAUCGACAUCUAUCAGUAAUGAUAAUGAGUUCUGCCCCAUUCCUGAAGAUGUGCACACUGCACCCUCGGCAUCCAUGUAUCUGGUCUCCACAUUUCCCGAAAUCCAUUCCGAAAUUCCCUUUCUUCGUCAAUUUCUUUUGGCACAUAAGCAAGUUACCGCGUACAAAGGUUAUCGACAGUUUGUGAUCCUUAAUCAAUUGGCUGAGGGACUUGGCUUUCCAAUUCAUUCCCGCCAGUUGAAAAUCAGACUUUCUCCACUUGAAGGGGUUAUGUUCGAGGUGGGGGAUGUGUAUGCUUGGGCUGGUAUAACAGCAGGGACUUUCGCAAAUAACAAGAGGGAUGUCGCAGCUGCAUAUCACUUGUUAGGAGAGCUCGAGCAGCUGGUAUUGGCAGGGGAUGCUAGCCCGGCUCUGCAGAAAAUGCAUCAGGACUGGUAUCCGUAUACAUUGAGCUGCAGAUACUGGUGGUCAAAGGAUCCUCAGAAUUACCCAGAAUCGUUAAAGUGGACAUGGUCAAUAUUUUCAACAAAGGUUAACCAGCUGCGCAACCUUCUUUCUACUGUUAUGUAAAAUAGAUUGUGCCGAUUUGGUAAAAUAAUUCAUUAUCAACUCCAGAAGUAAAGACAGUAAUCAUUUCCAAAGCAGAUGGAGGGUCGGACUAUAUGUACUCUUGCCUCCUGGUACCUGGGUGCAAAAGGUGAUGUCAAGAGGGAACGAAGCAAUCGUUCCCAAAGUAGAUGGAGGGUCUGACUAUAUGUACUCUUGCCUCCUGGUACCUGGGUGCAAAAGGUGAUGUCAAGAGGGAACGAAGCAAUCGUUCCCAAAGCAGAUGGAGGGUCUGACUAUAUGUACUCUUGCCUCCUGGUAC